GAUCACCUCCUUAAUAUUUUGUCCUUUCUAUUCUUUACGAUGAGAUACCAAAAACACUGCUGCCGUCUUUUUCAAAUCUUGCCUUUCGAACUCGCAACCUCGUGCUUGAUUUACUCUGCGGUCGAAUCUCGCAGCCGAGUUGCCGGUGCCGGAAAGUGAUGACGGCGACCACUGGUAUUUUGAGGGAAUUCUGCGAAGCAAAUGUAAGAGAAAACGCCAUUCCGUUGCCUCGUUAUACUUGAGCUUCCACCAUGAACGCCGCAAAUGCAUCAAUUCUCCUCUGCUCUCCAAACCUUUCGGCAGAUACUCAAAACCUGCAUUGCCGAAAGAGACCUCCUCACUGGAAAGUCCCUCCAUGCUAUGUAUAUCAAGUCCUUCGUCCCCACUUCUACCUACCUCUCCAACCACUUCGUUCUUCUUUACUCCAAAUGCCGCCGCCUCGCCGCUGCUCGCCGGGUCUUCGAUCAGACCCAAGAAUGCAAUAUAUUUUCCUUCAAUGCGCUGAUAUCCGCCUAUGCUAAAGAAUCGUGCGUUGAAGUUGCACACCAACUGUUCGAUGAAAUGCCCCAACCAGACUCUGUCUCGUAUAACACGCUUAUUGCUGCAUAUGCGCAACGUGGGGAUAUUGAGCCUGCUUUUCAGUUGUUUGUGGAGAUGAGAGAGGCCUUUCUUGACAUGGAUGGCUUCACUCUUUCUGGUAUCAUUACCGCUUGUGGCGAUGAUAUUGGUUUAAUCAGGCAGUUGCACGCACUGACUGUAGUGGCUGGGUUUGAUUCUUAUGCGUCUAUUCACAAUGCGCUGAUUACAUAUUACAGCAAAAAUGGAUUUUUGAAUGAAGCCCAAGGGAUUUUUUAUGGAAUGGGUGAAAUUAAAGAUGAGGUGUCGUGGAAUUCGAUGGUGGUGGCAUAUAUGCAGCACCGCGAGGGCUCCAAGGCUCUAGAUUUGUACCGGGAAAUGGGUGUUAGGGGAUUGGUGAUUGACAUGUUUACUCUGGCAAGUGUCUUGACGGCGUUUACAAAUGUGCAGGACUUAUUAGGCGGGCUUCAAUUUCAUGCCAAAUUGAUAAAGUCUGGGUACCAUCAGAAUUGUCAUGUGGGCAGUGGUUUGAUUGAUUUGUAUUCAAAAUGUGGUGGUUGUAUGUUGGAUUGUAGAAAAGUCUUUGAUGAAAUUUGUAACCCAGACUUGGUCCUUUGGAAUACAAUGAUUUCAGGAUACUCACUGUAUGAGGAGUUAUCUGACAAAGCUCUGGAAUGUUUUCGGCAGUUGCAAUGUGUUGGCCACCGCCCCGAUGAUUGUAGCCUCGUUUGCGUAAUCAGUGCGUGUUCGAAUAUGUCGUCGCCCUCUCAGGGAAGACAAGUACAUGCAUUAGCUUUCAAAUUGGACAUCCCUUCAAAUAGAAUAUCAGUGAACAAUGCUCUGAUUGCAAUGUACUCGAAAUGUGGAAAUCUCCAGGCUGCAAGAAGGGUGUUCGAUACAAUGCGCGUGCAUAAUACUGUAUCGUUUAAUUCAAUGAUUUCGAGCUAUGCACAACAUGGGUUGGGGUUUCAAUCACUUCAUCUUUUCCAAAGAAUGCUGGAGAUGAGCUUUACCCCUACAAACAUAACGUUUAUCUCUGUACUUGCCGCCUGUGCGCACACAGGAAGAGUUGAGGAUGGUAAGCUCUAUUUCAAUAUGAUGAAGCAGAAGUUUGGCAUUGAACCAGAAGCAGAACACUUCUCAUGCCUGAUAGAUCUUUUGGGUCGAGCAGGCAAGUUGAGCGAGGCCGAGAGGCUGAUAGAGACGCUCCCUUUUAACCCGGGUUCCAUUUUUUGGUCUGCAUUACUCGGGGCCUGUCGAACACAUGGGAACAUGAAGCUAGCAGUCAAAGCAGCAAACCAAUUGCUUCAGCUGGAACCUUCAAAUGCCGCCCCUUAUGUCAUGCUGGCAAAUAUCUAUGCUGACAAUGGAAGAUGGGAGGACGUCGCGACCGUAAGAAAACUGAUGCGAGAUCGAGGAGUGAAGAAGAAACCCGGCUGUAGCUGGACUGAAGUAAACAGAAGAAUACACGUCUUUGUGGCGGAAGAUACUUCCCACCCGAUGAUAAAGAAGAUUCACGAAUACUUGGAGGAGAUGAUGAGAAAGAUAAAGAAAGCUGGAUAUCGUCCAGGCAUCAGGUCGGCGAUGUCGGUGUCGGUAGGGGACGACGGAAUAAGGCAAAGAGAGGAAGAAGAGUUAAGGUUAGGACAUCAUAGUGAGAAGUUAGCUGUUGCAUUUGGUCUCAUGUCUAGUAGAGAAGGUGAGCCAAUACUGGUAGUUAAAAAUCUAAGGAUAUGUAUGGAUUGUCACAAUGCAAUCAAGUAUAUCUCUGCGGUUGUGGAGAGGGAAAUUACUGUUAGAGAUUCCCACAGAUUUCACUGCUUCAAGGGUGAGCAAUGCUCUUGCGGAGAUUAUUGGUGAACUUUAAUGGCAUUGGCUACAGUUUCAGAUUAUUAUUCUUCACCCAAACAGAGGUAUUAUCUAACAGGAAAUGCCUUCGUUUGUGUUUUUAUUUUGUUAAGAACAUUUAAAUUACACUUGGUAAUUCACCAUUUACUUAUUCGAAAA